GGGGUGGAGUCACCAGGGCACUUCCCGGUAGCUUCGGCCCUCCCACCAGGUCUACAGAGGCUGCAGGCUAGCCAGUCUGCCUGGGCUGUAGUGGGCUCUGCGCCUGGAGACAGAGGUUGGAAGAUCGCUCUGGGCACAGUUCGAGCCGUUUGUUUCAGAUCUGUCUUCCCUGUGGGAUUCUAUCCACACUUGGUUCAAGAUUUUAAAGAGAGCUUUGCUCUGUCAAUGCAUGUUCAUUCAGGCGGCUGCUUUAAACGGAAGAAGAUGCAGCUCCUGGGCAUGGUGGCCUAUGUCAUCCUUGUAAUCCUGCUUUCUGGGGGACCCAUGGGGUCCGUCUCAGCUGUGGACCCUGAGGCAAAUAUGAAUGUGACUGAAAUCAUCACGUACUGGGGCUACCCGAGUGAGGAGCACGUGGUCCAGACAGAGGACGGGUAUAUUCUGAGUCUUCACCGAAUCCCUCAUGGGCGGAGCAACCAUUCUGAGAGAGGUCCCAGACCAGCCGUAUAUCUUCAGCAUGGCUUUCUGGCAGACUCGAGUAACUGGGUCACGAACAUUGACAACAGCAGCCUGGGCUUCAUUCUGGCGGAUGCUGGCUUUGAUGUGUGGAUGGGGAACAGCAGGGGAAAUACCUGGUCUCAGAAACACAAGACUCUCUCAGUUUCUCAGGAUGAAUUCUGGGCCUUCAGUUUUGAUGAGAUGGCGAAAUAUGACCUACCUGCUUCAAUUAACUACAUUAUAAAUAAAACUGGUCAAGAACAAGUGUAUUAUCUGGGUCAUUCUCAAGGCACCACCGUAGGUUUUAUAGCAUUCUUGCAGAUGCCUGAGCUGGCAAAGAAGAUUAAAAUGUUUUUUGCCCUGGCUCCCGUGGUGUCUCUCAAUUUUGCCUUGAGCCCUAUGGUCAAGCUUGCACGGUUGCCAGACAUUCUCCUUGAGGACUUGUUUGGACAUAAACAGUUUCUUCCCCAGAGUGCGGUGAUGAAGUGGCUGAGCACUCACGUUUGCGCCCACGUCAUCAUGGAGGAGCUGUGCACUAAUCUCUUCUUUCUUAUAUGUGGCUUCAAUGAGAAGAACUUAAAUAUGUCUAGAGUGGAUGUGUAUACAACACACAGUCCUGCGGGAACGUCUGUGCAAAACUUACUACACUGGGCCCAGCUUGUUAAACACCAUAAGUUUCAAGCUUUUGACUGGGGAAGCAGUGACAAGAAUUAUUUCCAUUACAACCAGAGUUGCCCUCCAGUGUAUGACAUGAAGGAGAUGACUGUACCCACUGCUUUGUGGAGCGGGGGCCAGGACUGGCUGGCAGACACCAAUGACAUCAAUAUCUUACUGACUCAGCUCCCCAACUUGGUGUACCACAAGCGCAUUCCUGAGUGGGAGCAUCUGGAUUUUAUUUGGGGCUUGGACGCCCCCUGGAGGAUGUAUAAUGAAAUAGUCAGUCUACUGAGGAAAUACCGGUGAAAGCCAGACUUUGAGAUAUGUACCCUUUACUAGGGCAAAAAAUUAUUUGCUUAAUUUCUGUAAAAUACUUGUGUUUUCCUUACCUAGCUAGAUCUUUUGCUUUUUUUUUUUCGUAUGCAAGAAGAUGAUGACUUUGCAGCUAUCCAAUGCUCUCUAGUCAGCAAGAAGCAUGCUAAUUAUGACCAUCAGGCUGGUGUCACCCCAGUGAUGCCUUCUUGAGCCUUUAAAGAGUAUGGGUGGUGUGUGGAAAUGGCAUUGCAAUCAUUUCGUUACAUUUUUACAAUUGCUUUUCGUGUCUGUGUGCCACAUAGACGUGCGCAUGCGUGUGCUCUGCACUGGCCAGACCUGCCUUGUGUGCAGGUCACGGCUAGUAUCAGGAUGCCUUCCUCAGAUACUUUUCAUCUUAUUUUUUGAGAGAGGGUCUCUCGCUGAAUCUGGAGCUUGCCGUUUCAGCUGGACUGACUGGCCAGGGAGCCUCCAGGAUCUGCCUGUCUACUUUCCCUCUUACCAGUGCUGGGCUUACAGGCACACGGUGCCCCACCCAGCGCUUUUUACAAUGGUUCUAGGGAUAUAAACUCAGGUUCUCGUGCUUUAGGAAUGAGCACUUUACCCACUGAGCCACCUCCCCAACCCCUCUGUACUAUAAAGGCUUCUCGACUACCUUUCUAUCUCACCCAACACAUGUGAGCACAUACAGGAGACUUCAAGCCAUCGUUGGUGAGCAAAAAUAAAUCUGUCUCUGACUUGAAUUCAGUAUGAAAGUACCUUAUUCUGGGCUUGACACGGCAGCGCGAACCUGCACCUGGGAGACUGUGACAGAAAGACUGCUGUGGAUUUAGGGCUUUUCUAGACAGUGACACUUUAUCUCAAAAGACCAAAGACAAAUAAAACAAAUAAAACGAA